UAGUGUACAGGAGAGGUAGAAAGCUGCAGCUGGUGUAACCUCAUCUGAUGAUGUAUGUGUCCUUUGUGGCUUUAAUACUUGACAAUUUAGCAUUAAAUGUAAAAUCAUUAAUUUUUUUUUUUUCAACUUUUUAUUAUUACUUCCUACAAUGCUACAUCUAUUUUUUUUAAACCGUUUCAAACAUGUGAUAAAAGUUUAAAAAAAAAAGUUUUAUGCCUGUAAUAUUUAACUGUUCCUUAAUCAUUUAAGAAGCUUUAUUUUUCCCUGUUACAUAACUAUAUAAAUAUAUGUAAACCCAACAAAGGUAAAUGUUAGUAAAUAUUGUGCAAUAGUUCUAUUAGACUUGUUAGUAAAUGGUACAUGUAAACUAUUGUACUUAAAUUGCUAAACAUUAAAAAAAAAACUGCUUUGUAUCUGUUGAUAGUAUAAAUGUUUCUGAAUAUAACUUUAGUAUUUCUUGGUGCAUCGUGUAUUUUCGGAGUGAAGUUUUGGUCUUCUUUCUAUGUACUUUCAGCCAAAGCCUCUGGUUCAGGGCUGAGGAAAAGAGGGAGCCAUCGGCUAAGCCUGUGAGUGUGGAUACAAUAUAAUCAGAUCAUGUGUCCUUCAAGACAAGUCCUCCUAAUCAUCCAAUGUCACUUAAGUUUUGUACAUACAAAUGACACUUGAGAUUUUGAUUAGACAAUACCCUUGUAAUAAUGGAGAAAAAAAAGUUGGAGUUAAACAAAAUUUUUAAUAUUUUUUUUCGAAAUUUUAUUUUAUGAUAAUGCUAGACAUUGAGCACAAUAACUAAAUUUUAAACAAGUCAGUCUUAGCAAACAAUUAUGUGAAAGUAAGAUAAAAAGAAGGCUUUUCAUUUUGACAAUGUUUAAUAUUUCACAGGCCUUUUUUUUUUCUUCCGAUUUCUCCUGUAUUUUCAGUUGACAUCUGACUGUGUUGAGAUCUUCAAUUGUGUCCAGUGAAAGCAAGAACUUGUUUUGUGGUUAUAAAUGUCUCAUAAACUUGUUUACCUUUAUGUUUUAGUAAUUGCUUGAAUAUUUUUCUCUAUAUAUAAAAAAAAUCACAAGGCUCUUAAGCCCGUGUUAUGGCGCUCAAUAAAUACAGUAUUGCCAAAGAUUUUGUAAAAGGUUCUCUAAAAUUAUGAAGUAAUCAUCGGAAAGGUUUGUAAUUACAAAUUUCAGAGAAAUGUAAAGCUAUUUUCAAUCUGUGGCACUACAUCUUGCAAGGCUCUACCCACAGAAUGGUGAAAGCUACCUUAGUAAUGUUGUGUUUUUCUCUUCUUUUUUUCUGUGUGUUUCAUACAGUCGUUAAGAGAAGGGCAUUUUGCACCAUACCACCAGCAUUAUGUAUUGGGAGGGCAUGCACCAACAGCCUCCGCCAUAACUCAAAUGUAAAGAAAGUGCGGCGGAAUGUCACCAGGAUGCGGUGGAGAUUCGCAGGAGCCUUACUUUCCGCAGUCAGAUCAAAGUGGGCCACUGCUGGAGGGCCCUGGAGCAAAGAGGGACAUCAAACCUUUUACGCCUCCAAAGCUGAGUUCCUCUCAGCAGGAAGAUAUUCAAAGAGCUAAAAAGUUUGCCAUGGAACAAAGUAUCAAGAGUGUACUAGUCAGACAAACUAUUGCCCACCAGCAACAGCAAAUGCAACAGUUCCAGAACACAGUCCAGAGACAACAGGCAUUAGCUUUAAUGUGCAGAAUCUAUGUGGGUAGCAUUAACUUCGAAAUCAAGGAAGACACUAUCAAACAGGCUUUUCUACCAUUUGGACCAGUCAAGUCAGUUAAUCUGUCUUGGGAUCCAAUCACCAAUAAACAUAAAGGUUUUGCUUUCAUUGAGUAUGAGGUUCCUGAGGCAGCCCAGCUGGCAUUGGAGCAGAUGAAUGGAGUCAUGAUCGGGGGCAGGAAUAUCAAGGUGGUUGGAAGACCAAGUAACAUGCCCCAGGCUCAGCCUAUUAUUGAACAACUAGGCCAGGAGGCUAAGAACUAUAAUAGAAUUUAUAUUACUUCCAUACACCCCGAUCUAACAGAAAACGACAUCAAAAGUGUGUUUGAAGCUUUUGGUAAAAUUCUUACUUGUGAAUUAGCUCAAGAUCCUACAAAGCAAGGCAAACACAAAGGUUAUGGUUUUAUUGAAUAUGAUACAUUACAGUCAGCUCUGGAUGCAGUCACAUCCAUGAAUCUGUUUGAUUUAGGUGGACAGUACCUCAGAGUUGGACGUGCAAUCACUCCGCCAGACACAGCAUUUACACCAUCAGUCCCUCCUGCAGCCAUGCCUACAGCAUCUGCUGUUGCAGCUGCAGCCAUCACAGCCAAACUAACAGCCAUGGAUGCCCAGCAGCAAGUGUUGGCCCCACCUGGUUUAGCUUUACCAACAUUAGGUGGCACAAGCACAUUAAUCAAAGGUGCGACCCCUGUCAUCAGUGCCAUCACUUCCAGUGUUGUCACACUACCACCAAUGAACCCACCCCAUCCGUCCAUGCCAAAGCCCCCCACACAGCCCCCAGUCCCACUAAUGUCACUCCAGACUUCCCCAGUACUACCAAUACUUCCAGCUGCCAAUCCUCCUGCUAUUGGGCUGACGUCUCUUCCUAUGGGUCUGGUGCCCACACAAAGUCCAGCUUUGGCAGCAGCGGUUGUAUCAGCUAUGGCCAUCAAGAAAGAACCAUCAGCCAGCCAGUUGUCCUCUCUGCCUGGCCUGAUAACCACACCCUCAGCAUUUAACUUUUCCACUGGCCUUACAAUGACACCAACUGUAUUGGCAGUGGAAAAGGCUGAAGAGAAGCCAGUCAUGGAAGAACUCCCACAGACUCUGGAACAGCAAGAGAGUAUGAAAAUCAGCGGAAGUAGUGCCAGACAUAUGGUGAUGCAGAAGUUAAUGAGAAAAUCUGAUUGUCGAGUGAUGGUGCUGAGAAAUAUGGUUGGUCCAGAAGAUCUAGAUGAUGACUUAGAAAGUGAAGUGACAGAUGAAUGUGGCAAGUUUGGUCAUGUGAUCAGAGUUAUCAUUUACCAAGAGAGGCAGAGUGAAGAGGAGGAUGCAGAAGUUAUUGUGAAAAUAUUUGUGGAAUUCUCAUCUCAAGAAGAGGUAGAAAGAGCCUGCAACUCUUUAAAUGCCAGAUUUUUUGGUGGCCGUGUUGUAACAGCAGAGAAAUACGACCAGGACAUGUAUGAUGCCAAUGACUUGUCAGGGUGAACUUGUUAGACUGUGUUGAACAUUAGUACCAGUGAUUUCUUUUCCUGUUGACUUUGUGAGGGUGUCCGGCCAAGUGUACUUCAAGUUUUGACAGUUGGACUAAAGUGAUAUUUGUACACUAGAGAAUGGACUAGUGCUGUAUUUGACUGUCAUGUUGGUUUCUGAUUUUAUACUUCUUUGUAUAUUUGUAUUGAGUUUACAAUCUUGUGAUUAGUGUUUUGAUUUCUUAAUUGUUUUAUCCAUUCUAUAAUCCCACUCAAUGUCUAGAACGAAUUCAAAUCCAUCCACUAAGUUGAGUUGUGUACAACACUAAAUAGAACAUGACAUGAUUUACUGAGUCCAACUACACUUGCUAUAGGGCAGCAACAUUCAGCCCUCAUUUUGUACCAUUCACUAUUGUCUCAAGACAUUUCAUAGAAGUUUCUUUGGUGUCAUCAAGCCAAGCAAUAGUAUGUCCUUAUCCAAGUCUUGGACCAACUAAGUAUUGUUUUGUUGGAUGAGUGUGUCUCCGAAAGAGUCCUAAGUGAUACUAGAUCUAUGUGUAGGUGUGCCAGAUGUGACUAUUUUAGAAAUGAAAUACUUGUGUUAUCUCAAUGAUUUGUGACCAUUGUUAGAAACCUGCUGAAUGUAAAUCUUAAAGAUAUGCUCAAUUGAACACAA